CUCGUCUUCUUCCCCAAUUGAUUCCCCCAUUGACCAGAAGAGAGCAGAGACAGUUGCAAGAGCUUACUUCAUCACUUCCGCUGUCAGACAAAAUUAAAAAAUAAUUUAUUUAUUUAAUAACAAACCCACAAAAUAUCUACGAAAAUGGACGAAGAAGAGAAGAAGAAGAAGAAGAAGAAGCAACAACAACAACACAAGUCUUCUCAAUCUACAAAACCUCCGGUUCAAUCUCGUUCACCACUCAACCUCGUAGAGAUGUCUUCAAGAUCAUCGCUUCACUCAUUACCACAAACAACGGUUGACUCACCUCCUGAUUCGCCCACCGUGUCUUCAAUCCCCGAUAGCCAUGGAUCUUCGCCUCACACGAUUGUUCCCACUCCUUCCUUAGCUUCCGUCGCGACUAAGACAGAGACUCCUUUUAUGGUUACGAACGGAGAUCUCGUUGAGGAUGACCUGAAGAUUGGUGAGAGUAGGAGACAGCUGAGGCCGCCGCCGAGCUUCUCUACUCCGCGUGAAUCGAAAUGGGCGAGUUUGAUUAGGAAAGCUUUGCUUGGGUUUAGGGUUACUGCUUUUGUUUCGUGUCUCGUUUCGUUUUCAGUUAUGGUUGCUGAUAGAGAUAAAGGAUGGGCUCGUGAUUCUUUCUACAACUACAAAGAGUUCAGGUUCUGUUUGGCUGCGAAUGUGAUUGGUUUUGUCUACUCAGGUUUUAUGAUAUGUGAUCUUGUAUUCCUGUUAUCUACUAGCAUCCGGAGAUCCCGACAUAACCUGCGGCAUUUCUUGGAAUUUGGUCUUGAUCAAAUGCUAGCAUAUCUUCUUGCAUCGGCUUCAACUUCAGCUUCGAUCCGUGUAGACGAUUGGCAAUCAAACUGGGGAGCAGACAAGUUCCCAGACUUAGCUAGAGCAUCUGUCGCACUGUCUUACGUCUCCUUUGUCGCAUUCGCCUUCUGCUCCUUGGCCUCCGGUUAUGCUCUCUGUGCACUCCGGUCCAUCUAAACUAAAAAAAAGCGCAAGCUCGAGAGAAAGAUUCUCAUUUCCUUGACUCUUGAAACUAUAUCCUUGACCCUAAACUCUCUAAAGUCUAAACGAUGUGGAGUGUCCAGUUUCUGAUUUUUAAAAGAAACUUUUAAAUUUUAUGGUGGACUGGACGAUAUUCCAUCUUGUAAAAGAUGGUGUGGAUGCUCGUUUACAUCACUUAUAUAGUUAUCAUAGAUCUAAGAAAAGCAAUAUGAUGACAUCUUCU